AUGCGGGCGGCGUGCGGACAGCUGAGGGAGAAAUGUGCCAUGACGACUGAGGGGACAGAUAUCGUUGUCAAGAUGAGAAACAUCGAAAUCAUCAGGGUGAAAGAAAAUGGAGACAUCGUCCUGAGCAGUGCGGGGGAGAAAACUCCCUGGCUGCUACACACACUCAACGACAUACUGAACCUUGUGGGCGUUCAAGUGCUCCUGGGAAAGGCCACCAGCGAAUGGAGCGUGAAGGAUGGCAGGACGCUAAUGCGGUUCUACGACGGCCUGGUUAUCCAGGCAAAGGGCGCUCAGAACCGUUCCCGGGCGCAAACAAUCAAGAAGAGCUUUAACCAAUCGAAUGCGAAGGCUGCAGUGGAGGCGACAAUGGCAUCCGAUGCUGUUGGCGCAUCGCAAUUUCAGGUUAUGUUGCUGAGUCAUCAUGACAUCGAAAUAGGGAUCGACGCUGAGAGAGCUGCGGCGCUCGGGCUUGUGACGAGCACCAGGCCGUGCGCCGGCCAGGAGGUUAGAUACACGGGCGCCAGCGGGGAGGUGCGCAUGGGAAUCGGUCAGGGCGUGGGCUGCCGAGGGGGGCCCGUGAGGAACCGUCACGUGCCGAUGGACGGGAUGGCUGGCGAGAGGAGAGAGGGGGUGGGCGGAGGCGGCUCUGGGCGCAGGGGCUACGAACACGUGCCUCGGGUUGGGCCCGGGGGCCCCCAUCGGGAUGCUGACGACAAGGCGGACGAUGACGUGGGGUACGGCCAGUGGGGGGGCGCCGCCCGGGUGGGGCCUCAGGAGUCGCAGAUGGACUGGAGCAGCAACACUCACAGCGUGGGCAACGGGCACCAGGACGAUGCGAGCGGGGCGCAGCAUGGCGGGCCCGCGCCGGGGGACAUGGAGUUCAUGGACGAGUCGGGAUGGGGGGACCAGGAUUGGGGCCCCAAGAGGGCGACGGGCCAGUUGGACCCCAGGACACGGCGGCGCCUGGCGCAGGGGAGGUACGCGCCCUAUUAG